GCAAGGCCUGUUCUGUAACGCUGCUAUCACUUGUAACUGGCGUUGAGUUCCUUGGCUUGUACUAAUUUGGUUUGUUGUGCUGCCUGCACUUUCGAGCCUACCAGGUAUCUGCACUUGAAAUCUCUUCCCUCUCUUUCAUCUCUCUCCUUUCCUCCCACCACCUUUACCAACACCGUUUCCCUCAACCUUCUCUCCUUUCAACCUUCCUAUCUAUCUGUACCACCUCGAUCAUCUCUCUCAUCGAGUUCUCAUCCGUCUGCUGAGAUGUCUGGUUGGGACAACCCUCCUCCGGGUGGGGAGAACAUUCCUCCAGCCCCGGCUACAGAUUCCAUUCACUCCUUCAAUACCGCCGCUUUGGCUGAAGCCAUCGCCGACAUUGUCCCCGCUGCUCGUAACCAGGCCGACGAGGCGGUGAAGCGAGAACGUGCGGAAGCAUCUCGUCAAGCUGGAUGGUGUGAGCCUAUGGCUUUCAACUACGAUGCCACAGCCCCUACUGCAGCCCUGAAUGCAAACCCUGACGGUGAUAAUGGCAAUGACGCUUCCGUUCCAGCUGGCUGGGCCCACAAUGCGCAGAAGUACGAAUGGCAGGAGGAUUAUGGUGACGUAGGCCCGAGACACGAAGAGCUCGAGAAAGAGUUGUUUCGUGCCGAACAUAUCAAUCGUGCUGGUGACAAGUUCAAGAAUCUCAAGUCCGUCACUGUCAUCAUUGAAUCAAAGACUCGCGUCGACCCCAUCAAGAGCUUCGAGGACGCUGGUCUCCAUCCAGUCGUACAGGACAAUAUCAAGCUUUGUGGCUACGUUGAUCCGACCCCUAUCCAAGCCUACACCAUUCCUGCCGUUCUGCAAGGACAUGAUAUGAUUGGUGUCGCUCAAACUGGAUCUGGAAAGACCGCUGCUUUUCUUGUCCCAUGCAUCUCAAAGUUGAUGGGCAAAGUCAAGAAACUCGCGGCUCCACGCCCCAACAUUGGUGCAGGUUUCGAUCCAGCUCGUGACGGAGUCCGCGCAGAGCCCUUGAUCCUCAUAGUCGCACCAACCCGUGAGCUCUGCUGUCAAAUCUUUGACGAGGCCCGUCGUCUCUGCUAUCGUUCCAUGUUGCGCCCAUGUGUUGCAUACGGCGGUGCUCCGGCGAGAGAUCAGAUCAGUCAGCUUGCUCGCGGCUGUGACUUGCUGGUCGCUACCCCUGGUCGCUUGCUCGACUUCAUGAAUCGUCCCAAUAUCCUGUCAUUGUCUCGCGUCAAGUACACCAUCAUUGACGAGGCUGACGAGAUGUUGCAUGAUGAUUGGGAACAGGAAAUGACUAAGAUCAUGUCUGGAGGCGAUGCUAACCUCGACGGUGACCAUCGCUACCUUCUCUUCUCGGCCACCUUCCCCAAGCGUCUUCAGAAGUUGGCUUCCAAGUUCCUUGAGACUGACUAUGUCCAUGUCAGCAUCGGCCGUACUGGUUCGGUCCACAUCAACGUGAAGCAAAACAUCUUGUGGAUUGAUCAGGACAAGAAGAAAGAAGCUCUGUACCACUUGCUUCUCUCGAUGCCUCCAUCCCGCACUCUGAUCUUCGUUCGAUCCAAGAAGACCGCCGACUUCGUGGACGAUUACCUUUUCAAUCUGGCUCUGCCCUCUACUUCCAUCCACUCGGACCGUACUCAGUACGAACGCGAAGAUGCACUGCGAGCCUUCAAGUCUGGCAAAGCUCCCAUCCUGGUUGCCACCGGCGUCUCUGCUCGUGGUCUCGACGUUCGCAAUGUCAUGCAUGUCAUCAACUUCGACCUCCCAGAUGUUGAUCAUGAUGGUCGCAACGAAUACGUUCAUCGUAUUGGUCGUACUGCACGCAUUGGAAAUGAAGGUCUUGCUACUUCCUUUUACAACGAGAAAGACGAAGGUCUCGGACCAUUCCUUACCAAGAUCCUCAUCGAGUGCGGUCAGCCAGUUCCAGAGUUCUUGCAGCAUCACAAGCCCGAGGAUGGUGUUCUCAACUUCGAGGAAGAGGAAGAACCCGAGUUGGACGACGCAGCAGCAGGAAAUGAAGCCGGCGGUGAUGCUUGGGGUGCAGGUGGUGAAGCCAAUGCUGACGAUGCCUGGGGUUCUGCCGAGGUUGUUGUUCCCACAGCAGAAGCAAACGAUGCCUGGGUUCCAGACAACGACGCUCCUGUCGCAAAAGGGGGUUGGUAGGCGUCUGAGAUGGGGUCGAGGGUUUCUGCUCGGCAGAACAAUUGCCUGCAUUGACACUGCGACACUCUCACCCGCUACCUUCUCAGCGUCUGAUAUCCCAUCGGCAUACUGGCUUGUCAGCUUGCGAUUGAGGUUGUCAUGGACAGCGACGAGGUUUCUGCAUACCUGCUCCAAGGACGAAAGCAACGCUCGCUGCUAGGAGAACUGUGGUGGAGGAUCAAGCCUUGUCCUCAGGGCUAUGGUCUGCUUCUGUGGUUUGGCUUACAGCAUACGGCUUGCGUCGUCUGUUUUACCAGCUUUCCCUCGGUAGGCAGAAACCAAAAAAUGUAGCUCAAUGAAAUCCAUUCAGCUACUUCACUAGCCCGUGGCAUAAGGUCAAGCCAUCGGCAUACCAAUUGUUGACUGACCG